GGGCUGCGGCGGGGCAUGGGGAAACGGGGGCGGCCGCGGAGAGAACCGCGGGGAGAGGAGGGGGAGGCCGGCGGGGCCCGGUGUCCCCUUGGGGACAUUUUUAACACGGGGCCGGGGAUGGAUACCUUCCUGCACAACGUGCAGGUGCUGCUGGAGGCCGCCAGCUACCUGGAGCGGAUCGAGAAGGAAAAUAAAAAGUGCGAACAUGGCUAUGCCUCGACCUUCCCCUCAGCUCCAAGCCCUGGACUACAAGACCCAAAGCCCACGCGGAGGCUGAGCCGGGCAAGGAAACACAGCGGCAGUGGCAGCAAUGCAAGUAUUGCCAACAGGUCUACGCACAACGAACUAGAAAAGAACCGCCGAGCUCACCUCCGCCUGUGUCUAGAGCGCUUAAAAGUUCUGAUACCACUCGGACCAGACUGCACCAGGCACACGACGCUUGGGCUGCUGAACAAAGCCAAAGCACAUAUCAAGAAACUUGAAGAGGUCGAGAGAAGAAGCCAGCACCAGCUUGAGAACCUGGAACGAGAACAAAGGUUUCUAAAGAGAAGACUGGAACAACUACAGGGUCCUCAGGAGAUAGAGCGAAUACGAAUGGACAGCAUUGGAUCUACCAUUUCCUCUGAUCGUUCGGACUCUGAGCGAGAAGAGAUUGAAGUGGACGUUGAAAGCACAGAGUUCUCCCAUGGAGAAGUGGACAAUAUCAGCACAACCAGCAUCAGUGACAUUGAUGAUCACAGCAGCUUGCAGAGUAUUGGGAGUGACGAGGGUUACUCCAGCGCCAGUGUCAAGCUCUCGUUUGCUUCCUAGAACCAAGUGAGAUGACAGUGCAGGGUGAAUGAUUUCACUGGGGUGAUCAAACUGGGUCCUAGAUGCCAGUAUCCUCUUUCAGAAAUGACAUAUUGACAGCUAGUCCUGGAGAGACCUGUAAAUAAAACCUUUUGGGUAAAGGAAGAAACCCACACGUUCAUUUGGUCACGUUACCAAUUCCAAUUCCUGCUGGCAAAAAGUUAGACCAAACUAUAGUCCCAUUGAAGUCAGCGAUAACCAUUUGUUUCUGUGGGACCUGGAUAUAGACCUUAGUGACAAAACACUUUGUUUUGAAUUUAUUUGUUUGAAAGAGGAUACUAGAGAAUCAUCCCUCUCUUUCUGUCAUGAGAUCUGGGAAACGUCACAAUUUUGUAUGUUGCAUUCAGGUUGAACAACCUAAUUUAGGCCCUUCUGAAGAGCUUUUGUGGUCCUAAAAGGACCAUGUCCUACAAUUUAUCACAAUCCAAUGCUGUUGUAAUGUACUAGGAAAAUUUUGAGGACAUAAGUAGCCUAGGGAUAACAACAUCAACAAUAAUAUUAAGGUCUCAUUCUGUGCCCAGAGAGAGGGGCGGCAAAGAGAUGUUCAGGAAAGAUUACCAUUCAGCUCAGCUUUCUGUUGGACAUCAUUUAAAAAGCAAGUACCUCUGAUGCGUGGCUAAAGCAAGGGGUACACACUUGUAAUCUACCAGCACUUCAUGGGCUGUGUCACACCUCAGGCUGUGACACCAACAGCAGAUCUCCCGGUAGAUGCGUGCCCAUACGCCGGCACACAGCCAGCUGAGGACAGAAAGAAACCAGCACAUAGAAGAGGUGAUAUGCCAGAAAGUCAUGCCCAGAUACUGAGCCACUAUGACCUUUUUAUUUGAUGAGAUUUUUUGAUAAACAUUUGUAAAUGUGUUGGGAGAGAAAACACCCCAAGUCUGAUGCGUCUUUUUAGAGCUUGUCCAUACAAAACCUUAGAUGUCUUUUAUAUGAAUUUAUGCCAUGAAAAGAUCCCUGUUUUGAUGAAGCACUUGACCCAAUGAAAUGCAAAGAUGCUUUUUGUCAUGCACACAGUGGAUGGAGGCUGUGCUAGCUGCAGAAGGCCAGAUUUGGUGAGGGUUUCUUCAAAUUUCUUUUUAGAAUCAUUCCCUUUGCUGACUUUUGAACUUCCAGUCCAGUAGUUAACCUAGUUAAGCUCAGCACGUCUCUCACGUUGAUGUAAUGUUUUUGACUGCACGUCCUGUUCCCAAGGGCCUUGCCAUCAUACCUGUGCAGGUGCUGUUAAGAGCUGUUCUAGCAAAUGUUUUCUAAUUUUCUCAGAGACGAGCAUUCUAACCUGCACUUUGAGGGCUUUGCUUUUUUAUUUUGUGUCUUUUUAAUGGCCAGGAUUAUUUCAUUUUCCACGUUUAAAAAAACAAACACCUUAAUAGAGUUCUCACCUAUGGCAUUGUUUGAAACUUUGUAUUAUCCUUAAGUAAUUUAACUACCCCUCAUUACUAAGAAAAGAAGAGGAAAAAAAAAUGCUUUAUAAAAUUCAUAACUUAUUGCUGAUUUGAAUGGGUUGUUAAUUUUCAGUCCUUUAGACUUUAUUUUAUUGUUUUAGGUAGGGUUGGGCAAAAAGGUAAAAUAAAAUAAAAAAUAAAAUAAAAUAAAAAACAACCAUAUUUAGCAGUGCAGUGGAAUUGUGUUUAAAUGUUAGCAUAUGGUCCCCAUUAAAGUAGCACUUUAACGCCAUUAAACAUUUCUGUAUCUGAAAUGAGUUGUGUUCUUCCAUCUUGGUCAUUCGUAUCACUUUAGCUGACACUUUGUUCUUCUCGUGCCCUUUGAUCCUGUGGUCAGAAGAUCUUGAGUGAUUCCGCUGUCGAGUUCUGCGUUAUGAUGAAUUGCCUGUGUUUAACUAUUCUGGUGUUUUCCCCGCUCUUCUCAAAAUGUGUCAUCCCCUGUAAGAGGCACAACACAUACACUUGAGUAGAGAAAUAAUCUUUCCGUGGCUGAACUAUUUCUGUUUGUCCUGUGUGAUUGUUUUUUGUUUUUAAAGUAUUUUUAAUUUGUUUAUUAUGUCUGGAUCAGGUAGCUGUGAAAUCUAUCUUCACUUGUGUGUAUGUAAUGCAGUGGCUCCGUACAUCUGUUCUUCCUUCUGGGAGGUGACCUGGAAGGAACAGGAGUCUGUCACAGACUGAAAUGAGUGCUAGGUUAAUUAAUAGGGCCCAAGGGUUUUGGAAGAAGAAUGUGCUGCUCAGAUUUGUUAGGGGUCCAUGUAACCUUUGGAUGACAGGAGUUUGGGGUAGUGAUGAUGAAGGGGAAUCUUUAGCUCUAGCAAGCCUGACUUUGUUUAUUCAUUAUUACUCUACUUGAAAGUGUUGAUCACUGGCAGCUCUGGUGCUGAGCAGCUGAAUUCCAAUGGAAAUUUCUUAACUAAUGGCCUUUUUCUUUAGCUGUCUCAGCGCCUCCUCCUUCCUGUUAUUCUUGUUUCUUUUAAAUGACCACUGGGGAAAGAAAUAUCACACCUGAGAAAUACUGAAAUUUGAGAGUUGCUCUGUUCUCUUAGCUGGUUUAAAACUGUCACAUGUCUAUGGUUGGUUUAAGUGUGAUUGAAAUGUUUGCUUGCAUGCAACAGGGCCAGUAUCACCCACCUUUUAUAGCAUUGUUGGCUUGGAGAAGACUGGUAUCAGCUGCAGGUACUGGGGGAAAAUGUAGCAGGGAGAGAUGAGUUUAUCGUGACUUCACCAAAGGCAGAUCAUGCCUGACCAAUCUGGUGGCCUUCUAAAGUGGUGUGGUGGCAUCUGUGGACAACAUAAUGUCAUCAAUUUCCCUUUACUUGGACUUCUGUAAGGUCAAGCUCCUCAUCUUUUGAAAGCUGAGAUGGUCCUUCAUACCGCUUAACUUUGAGAGAAUCCAUAGAGCGAAAUUUACUGGCCCUAGAUGUCUACACACCAGGUUGUUUUGACCCAGAGUAAUGCCGUAAUGUGGGCAUGGAGUCACAUUUCCCUUCUGUAUUUGCGAAAUGGAGUGAGAGUCUUUGUAUGGUUUUUUUCUUAUAUGCUAUUGUUUUGUGGCCCACUUUUAUGUUAGGAGUGUAACAGAAGCCCUGAAUCUAUUCCCUAUGUAAUUUUACAAGAAUACGGUGCUUUUUGCCAUGAAACAGAAUCAGAUGUGCUUUCCUUAGGCAGCACACACACCAUACACACACACAGCUCCUUCGUAAGCUCAUUCUGCCGAGUCCUCCCUCUGCAAAUUACAUCCCUGAUGGGUCCUUUUGCUACGGACAAACCCAUUAAAAAGACCAUCCAGCAUUUUCCUUCUUUUGACACAAGCGCAUUACAGUAUGUCAUCUUGUGUCUGCACACAAGGUGGAGAUGACUAUCUGGCUGCAUUUGUCACGCUUAUCCUGUGAUGAGUUGUCACUUGAAGGUCAUUUUAAUGUCCGUUCCAUUAGAGGCCUGUCACUGACGGAAGGUGGUCGCAAAUCUGUCUGUCUCAAGAAAUCUGUAGGUCAACGGGAAUGGGGUUAACUGCACAUAUGGAUCAUUUUCCAGGUUUUGUCAUUGUGCUUUCGUUCCGUUUGUUUGCUUGCGUCUGUUACUGGGCUCUGAGCUCCAGCCUCUCCUUUUUUGCUCUUUGUUCUCUUUUCCAUGCUGCUCCUUGUUUGUAACCCAUGGUUUUCGUGUUGCUCUGUUGAAACUGAAGAAAUAUUUGGCCUCACCGUCGUGUUCACUAAUUGGAAGAGUCUUGUUUGCCCCAGAACUGUAAACUAUGACUGUUAAAUGUUUUCUGGCACCAGCUCUACGUCACCAGAAAGAGAAAUUCAGGCGACUUCCAGGAA